UGUUUAGAUUAAUAUUUUCUAUUUAGGAACGGAGAGAGUCAGAUGGGGAAAUCGGGAGGGAGGAAAAAGAAGGCUAAUGGUGGUGGUGGUGGUAGUAGUGGAAACGCAGUCACGAGUGAUCUCCCAGUCUCGGCGGCAAAUGGAGUGGUUGAUUUGGAUACUUCAAUCUUCUUGAAACGAGCCCACGAGCUCAAGGAAGAAGGGAACAAGCUAUUCCAGGCCAAAGACUAUGCGGGUGCCCUUGAACAGUACGACCGUGCUAUUCGCCUCACUCCCAAGUCUCACCCGGACCGCGCCGUCUUCCACAGCAACCGUGCGGCUUGCCUGAUGCAGAUGAAGCCCAUAGAUUACGAAACCGUCAUCGCCGAGUGUUCAUUGGCUCUGCAGGUCCAGCCCGGUUUCGGCCGAGCCCUCCUCCGUCGUGCCAGGGCUUUUGAGGCUCGUGGUAAGUACGAAAUGGCGAUGCAGGACGUGCAGUCCCUCUUGUCUGCUGAUCCCAAUCACCGAGACGCUUUGGAGAUUGCCAGUCGCUUGCGGGUUGCGCUCGGGCCUCGCCAGGAAGCCCAGCAUGAUCUCCAGAGCCGCCCUUCCCCUGCUGCCCUCGGCGCUUCCGCUGUUCGCGGUGCCCCAGUUGCCGCCCUCGGCGCUUGUUUACCGGGACGGCCGGCUCCCAAAAAGGCCACAGCAGCAGCGGCGACGAUGUCACCUGGUAACAAGGCUGAAAAGACCCAACCCCUUCUCGUCGCCAAAGAUGGUCCGGAGCUGAAAACCCAGCAGCCGAAACCUGUUUCCAAACCUUCAAAAGCUUCUUUGGGAUCCGCUCCUUAUCCGAUUAAGGACAAUUCAAAGGUUCAGUCUUCUUCUUCUUCACCAUCCUCGUUGCCUGUUAAUGGGAAGGCCUCAGUAUCAUCUGACACCCGAUGGAGGCCAUUGAAACUCGUUUAUGAUCAUGAUAUCAGGCUUGCCCAGGUGCCCGCCAAAUGCAAUUUCAGAAUGCUUAGGGAGAUUGUGAGUAAACGGUUUCCAUCCUCUAAAUCAGUUCUGAUCAAGUACACGGACGCUGAUGGUGAUUUGGUGACUAUCACCUGUUCUGGUGAACUCAGAUUGGCAGAGUCUUCUGUGGACGCCCUCCCUCUGAAGGAAACUGAAACAGAGAAAACCAAUGGGUUGGGGAUGUUGAGGUUGCAUAUUGUCGAGGUUAAUCCUGAGCAGGAACCACCUCUGGUGGAAGAAGAGGAAGAGAAGCCUGUGGAGGACGAAAUGGCCAAGGAAGAUGAAGGUGGGUGCCAUUAUUCAACUGGUGAUUCUGUGGAUGAAGUCGUGGACACUGAGAUCUCAGAUACUGAGCAAGAAGUUCAGAAGGAGAAGCUGGGAGCUGCUGAUGAUGCCGAUUACAAAGAGAUUGAGAUUGAUGAUUGGUUAUUUGAGUUUGCUCAGUUGUUCCGGACCCACGUGGGUAUUGACCCUGAUGUUCAUAUUGACUUGCAUGAGUUUGGGAUGGAGCUCUGUUCAGAGGCUCUUGAGGAGAUAGUGACGAGCGAGGAGGCUCAGAGCCUCUUUGACAUGGCUGCUUCUAAGUUCCAAGAAGUGGCUGCUCUGGCUUUUUUCAACUGGGGUAAUGUUCACAUGUGUGCAGCAAGAAAGCGGAUACCAUUGGAUGAUUCUGCAUCAAUGGAGUUGAAGUCUGCCCAGCUUCAAGCAGCUUAUGACUGGGUCCGUGAAAAAUAUACUUUAGCGGGACAGAAAUAUGAAGAGGCUCUCCGAAUCAAACCGGACUUCUAUGAGGGGUUGCUUGCAUUGGGACAACAACAUUUUGAGACUGCAAAGCUUCAUUGGUCCUUCACCGUUGCAAAUAAGAUUGAUCUCUCGGGUUGGGAUUCUACGGAAACAAUCAAACUCUUUGAUAGUGCUGAAGAGAAGAUGAAGACUGCAACUGAAAUGUGGGAGAAGCUAGAGGAACAGAGGGUUAAUGAGCUCAAAGACCCAAGUGCCAAUAAGAGGGAUGAGUUCAUGAAAAGAAGAAAGAAGCAAGGAUCAGGUGUUGAUGGGGGUUCCUCUGAGAAUGGGGGUCCUGGGGUAUCUGCAGAUGAAGCGGCAGAACAAGCAGUUGUCAUGAGAUCUCAGAUACAUCUCUUUUGGGGCAACAUGCUUUUUGAACGGUCUCAGGUUGAGUUUAAACUUUGUUCUGAUGGCUGGAAGAAGAAUCUGGAUACAGCUAUUGAAAGGUUUAAGCUUGCCGGGGCUUCUGAAUCUGACAUUGCAGUGGUGCUAAAGAAUCAUUCAUCCAAUGCUGAUGUGGUUGAAGGUGAGGUGUCAAACCUGAGUUCUAAUGCCAGUACUCAAUUGGAAUGUAAGGAUGUGGUCAAGGAAAUCAAGCAUGUUGCAGAAAGGUGACUUGGAAUGAGCUGUUUAGCCUGCCUGAUGGUUUCAAUGGAUUGCCUACACGUUUGUUACUUGACUUACCAUAUAUGCAUGACUUUGAAAUGGAUAAAGAAAGGGAUCAUCCCCAUAUGGCAGGAUUCAGCUAAUUGCAUUGAUGGGGUUCUGAAGUUGAUUUUUUGUCAAGAGGUAGAUAAUUUGGGUAUCAAGGAACUCAAAGGU